AUGAAGGCGUCAGAGCGAGCAAUAUGCAAAGUUCGAUUACCAGUCUAUGAAGAGAAUUGCAAAGAGCUCGAUCCCAGUCGUCAAUCCAACUUGAGGUUAAAAUGGGCACAUUCGAUACAUAAGCUAUUCUUCACAGAUGAAAAGGCUAGCGAUCGUAAUAACGUCCGCAAUUUUGAUUUCCAAUUAAAUGUCGACGGGUCUGUGGAGAAUCGUUUCCAGAACCAACCAGCUUCAUUGAUGACAACGAUGCAGUAUCCAACACGCUACCAGCUUCCGGAAGCUAUUUCAGACAGACUUAAUACCACCGAAGAAAGAGUCGCGCGUGCAGAACUCUUCGCAUUAGGUAGUAUUUUAUACGAAGUUAUCUUAGGCCACCAGCUUUUCCAUGAAGUAGAUGAAGGUCUAGAUAACGGCAGGGAAAUCCAGAGGCUCAUUGCUAUAGGAAGCUUUCCCGAAGAUCUUUGGAACCUACCAAUCACUCCAAAGAUCCUAGGAUGCUUGUGUCCAGGGUUCAUACAAGAAAUGUUAAGUCUACGCAAGAAAGUAGGAAUCGGAAGCUAUAUUAAAAAUCAUCCUUACCGAUUUGGGUUCCAAGUUCUAGGUGGGGCUGUUACCAUUGCGUCCGUCGUCGCAGUACCAGUCCUUGGAGCAGUUGGAUUUUCAGCUGCAGGCCCUAUUGCUGGCUCCACAGCAGCAGCUUGGCAAUCUAGUAUGGGCCUUGUCGAAGCAGGUAGUAUUUUUGCGUGGUGUCAAAGUGCCGCUAUGGGAGGUGCUGCUGUAGGUGGAAUCAUCGGUGCCGGUGUGGGUGGGGCAGGAAUUUUGGCUGGCGCUUCUAGCCUGGGUGCACUGGAUGGGGCAGAUUUUGAUAAUCCUGAACUCAAAAAGAGGUUUCUGAUAGCUUGGAAUCAUGAAAUGAGAGCAGAGUAG